CUAGACUAUUAAAAGUUUAUCAGAUAUUACAAAUAGUAUCCGUCGUGUAUACUUUGUAUGAGGCUUACACUUACGCUGCACAACGUUUAAGGAGACGAUGGUGGGUUCGUCCUUUGAACAUUCAGAGAAAUGAGCUGGGGUUUUUUGAAACAAGCCUUUCUCAAAUGAAAAUUUCAGACCAAGAGGAUUUUUUUAAAGCAACGAGGAUGACUGUGGAAAAGUUUAAUACAUUGCUAGUUUUGUUGACGGAAAAACUCCAACGAUAUUCAAGACGAGCGCCAAUCGCACCAGAAACUCGUUUGGGAUUGACCUUGCUGUACUUAUCACAGGGGUGUGGUCCCCAAUUUUUAGCUUGGUCGCAUAAAAUGGGAGCUUCAACAGUCCGGCAAGUCGUUUACGAUACAUGUGAAGCAAUUUGGAGCGAACUACAUGAUAUUUAUGUUGCCAAGCCGAAUGUAAGAGAAUUAAGAAACAUUGCCGACAGGUUUUACGCAAAAACAGGAAUGCCUCAUUGCCUGGGCGCAAUUGACGGCAAACAUGUUAAUAUUGUACGCCCAAUUAACAGUGGCUCUUUGUUUUUUAACUACAAAAAAACAUUUAGCAUAGUCCUACUCGCCACUUGUGAUUCUAACUACACAUUUACUUAUGUGGAUGUGGGAGCACUCGGAAGUCAAAGCGACGGUGGUGUUUUAUCGAAAAGUGCAUUUGGGAAAAUGAUUUUAAGGGCAGAACUUGACAUACCCUCACAAGAUUAUCUUCCAGGAUCUAACAUAAAUUCCCCAUAUUUCUUUGUUGGUGACAGUGCGUUUCCACUAAAACCGAAUUUAAUGCGACCGAAUUUAAUGCGAGUACAUAUUGAAAAUGCAUUCGGCAUUUUAUCAAAGAGAUGGAGGGUUCUACAUAAGCCCAUUCAUGCCGCGCCCAAGAAUGUAGAUAAAAUAAUUUUAGCAACAAUUGUGUUACAUAACUAUCUUAUGCUGGAUAGAGACCCCAACUAUUUUAACGAGAAUUUAGUCGAUCAUGAAGUAAAUGGAAGUUUAAUUCCAGGUACUUGUAGAGACACAGACACUUCAAUGAACUCUGUCAGAAUAGGGCAAACAAAUCGCUCAUCUGAGGAAGCAUUUAACCUUAGGGAAACUAUUGCUAACUAUUUAACUGCAACUAAUAACUGA